AUUUGUGUGUUAUCACAUACACAUGCUUAGGUUGUGCACAGAUAUGGGGGGUGCAGAAACUUUUGCAACCAGGAAAUGCAGUCUUUCCGUCUUUAAAACACUUUAACUUGUUUUUAAGUUGAUUAUAAUACGCUUCCAGGGCACAUUUCAAGGCUGUUACGUUUUAAACUCCUGUAUAAAUGACGACUGAAUGAAAAAAUGGCACCAAUUUUCGAAAGCGACGGGAACAACGAGGAGUGGAUGAAAAAUUUACCUGAACAACUGUGGGACAUUCCUUUAACCAGCCUCACCAUACCAGGAAGUCAUGAUGCCAUGAGCUACUGUCUGGAUAUCAGCUCUCCACUCCUCAGAUCUGAGUCUGAUUCCUUUAGACUCCUGGACAGAGUUUUCUACUGCUUUACCCGCCCCAUCAUUUUUAAAUGGGCCACUACCCAGUUAAAAAAUAUCGUGCAGCAACUGCAAGCUGGUGUCCGAUAUUUUGACCUUCGAAUUGCCCACAAACAGAAUGACAUGUCACAUGACCUUUACUUCACUCAUGCGAUCUACACCCAAGUCACAGUCUUGGACACUCUGAACACUGUGGCCACAUGGCUCUCAGCACAUCCCAAAGAGAUCAUCAUCCUCUCAUGUAGUCAUUUUGAAGGUUUGAGUGAAAAACUGCACGAGGAAUUUAUUUAUUCUCUGAAGAAGAUCUUCGGCUCUAAACUUUGCCCUUCGAAGGCUGACGUGACCUUACGAGGCUUGUGGACGUCAGGGUAUCAGGUGGUGCUGUCGUAUGAGGAUCAGGCAGCUACACGUCAUAAAGAGCUCUGGCCUGAAAUCCCGUACUGGUGGGCAAACACGGCCAGCGCCGAGGAACUCAUCCAUUAUCUCGACUCGCAGAAACAUCUCGGACGUCCAGACGGCUUCUUCGUGGCAGGUCUGAACUUAACCGCAAAUCGAUGCUUUAUCGCCUCAAACCUGCACGUCUCCCUGCGGACCAUAACCCUGGAGCAGUGGGAGUGUGUGAGGAGAUGGCUGGAGGAGCAGAAACCUGGCGCCGCCUCGACGAGCCUCAACAUCAUCGCAGGAGAUUUUAUAGGGUUGAUUCCACUCUGCUCCGUUAUUAUCGCUCUAAAUAAACUACUGCUGAAACACAGAGACACUUAAACCUGGACGUUUAAAGGGUUCUUAGAUAAAGGAGUUUCACGCUGUAGACGGAGCAGAUAACUGGAUGUUCUACUAAAACUAAUCAACCAUCUGAGAUGAACAGAAACAGACACUGGGCACAAUUUUGUACAAUUUUAUUUCCUUUAUUUUUAUACAAUAUAUUUAACACUGUGUAAAGUUUUAAAAUGCUUUCGUGUAUAAAUAUUUACUCAGGUAAGUUCACAGUCAGUAACCGUGUGUCGUUACGUGACCUGGAACAGCUUCCUGUAGCGUCCGUAUGCUGCGGCACUGAUCACAACCUUGACGUUGGCGGUACAGUCGUCAUCUCCGUCGUGCACUUCCUGAACCGUAGCUUCCUUAUACAGCCACCUGCACAAACACACACACACUUACUGUACACGUAUGAUAAUGAGUUGGACAUUAUUAAAGAAAUUUUCCCGGUUCCAAACAAACAA